GAGGCCGCGGGUGACAGGUGGCCUGGCAGCUGUGUUCCACACAACAUAUAGGUGGAUAAAAAUAUCAUAUUCAUAUUUCACCGGGGUGGAGUGUGGGAAGUCGUUCAUUAAAAUGGUUUACCUCGAAUAAGAUCUUAACCAGUUGGGUGGAAGCAAUUGACACAUUGUUUUAUUGCGUCUCAGACCACUGUGGUAGUAUAACGUUAUGGUUACUUUUGAGGUUUGUGGUGGUCGUGCCAUAUUGCUGCCAAAAUGUAUUGAAAUAUUAGAAAAUCUGUUACAAUCUGCCCUUCAAAUGCAGUAAAAUCUUUCAGGGUUAAAGUUGCAAUUAUACAGUGUUGAAACCACCAGUAAUAGUUAUGCAUUUGAAAUCUUAAUCAAAGCCUGUUGCUACAUGUUAAAAUUGGGCUAAUUGUAAUUCAUUUUCGUUAAUACUAUAAAAUAAUUGUAUACUGUUGGACUAUUUUGAAGCUUUGAAGUAAGUGUAGGAGAAAAAACAUUUGGUAACAAACUAGUCAACACGAACUGUAAAAUAGCAUUAAAUGGAAAUGGCCGAGUGUAGUACUUGAGUAAACUGUACUCCACCACUGUCCAAUUAACCAGGUAAGAGGCUAAUAUUUUAAGGCGAAGAGAGAAGUAGUAGACGGUAACUAUCUUGUGUCUUUCCUCUCACUGUCUUUGACUGACAGCUGGCGUGCGGGGGAAAGGCCCGCCCCCUGGUGGCGGAGCGAUAUGUGCCGUUGCCACUUGGGAGACGUUGACCUGUGGAUGACCUCUUCAAAACGGCCAGAAGAAAUCAAGAGUGACGGGGGAGAUGUGGCGCUACCAAAAGCCGGGGUUCCAAGCCCUCCUCCUCGCCGAGCUGCAGAGGCAGCAGCAGGGCCGCCAGUUCUGUGACACUCUGCUCAAAACAGAAGGCGUAUCGGUGCCGGCGCACAGUUGCAUUCUCUCAGCCAUCAGCCCCCACAUCGCCUCCGCUCUGUCCUCCGCGCCGCCGCUCCUCGCGGGCCAGAGCCGCCUCCUGGAGUUCCGGGCUCUCCGAGCCUGCACGCUGCUCAACGUGGUCCGACUGGUGUACUCUGGAGAGAUGGCAGGGGAGGGUGGGGAGGAGGAGAAGCAACAGGCGAUUUCGGCCGCCGCCGAGCUGGGCAUCCACGGGCUGGUGGAGGUCACAAAAGAAAGAGACGGGGAGGGCAGGCGCGAGGAGGGCCGGCGCACAGGGAUGAGCGCGCAGACGGAGGCACCGGUGCCUGGGAGGAAUGAAGGGCAGGAGGGCAGGUGGACGAGAGAAGUCACAAAUGGGAGCGUCUUCCUGUGGAAGGAGACGACGUCGUCAAGCGGUAAAAAAGACACGUGGACUCAGACAGAAGAGUUGCAAGUAGCUUCAGCUCCUCCGUCGCACACCGCGGCCUCCUUUGAGACCAUCGACAUGGCCGCCUUCCAGGGUCUAAGACCAGGUGAUUCCCAUCUUGCUCUCCCUCAAGUUCCCUACGUGCCCUUGUCCCUCAUCUACCUGCCAGAGGAAAACCAAAUACACCCUCCUCCACCGCAGACCUUCGAUCCGUACUCCAGCCACGUGGCCACAGGUCCUGUUGACCUUCAGAGCUUGUGGGCUGACCCCCAAGGAGCCGCCUUGGAUUUGGAUGUGACGGCAGCGAAAGAAAGGGAGGUCAAGUGGUUAGAGCAGUUUCAAGGCAACAUCCCAGGAUACAUCAGCUACUACCUGAACCCGGAGGAAGAGGAGGAAGAGGAGGAGGACGGCUUUGUUGGAGGGCGAGCUAGGAGGCGGCGGAGUGCCGGGCAGGGAGGCGCCAGGAGAGCUGGGACAGGUGAGAGGAGAGACAGGAGACCACGAGCCAAAGCGGGAGGGAGAGGAAGGUUUCCGCAGCGGGUGGAUGUGCAGGAGGUGGGGGCGAGCAGGCUGCACAAGGUUUUCCUGCAGAGGUCGAGGUCGUCCAGAGCGGGUCAAGGGGGAGGAGCCGUGGGCAGGAAGCUGGACCUGAAGACCAGAGAGCUGCUGAGGUUGGCCAAGACGAGAAAAGGGCGCGGCAAAGUGUGGGAGUUCAGCCAGAGUGGAGACGUGUUGACCAACAGCGAGUGUGGAGGAGGAGGAAGAAGAAGGAGUAGAGGAGGCAACACGCAGCAGUUUAACCAGGAUGGUCUUCCUGUUGCCAGGGCUAGGAGGGCGAGGGCCAAACCAGCGGCAUCCGUUUCCUUUUCUUCCCCUUCUCCCUCACCCGCAGCCUCCACCCGUCCUCCAUCCUUGUGCCUCCCUCCUCUGCCCCUCCCCCCCCAGGAGGAGCAGCCAGAACACUUAGGUCGGCUGCUGGAGGAAGCGAUGGUGGGCCUGGACAUUCUACCCAUCAGCCACAGCGCUCCACAUUCCCGGCCUCCCCCUCCAGCAGUUGGCGGCGGUAACGCCACACGUGGCAAUACUUUAGUCCAAAAAAAAGAAUGCAGGCGAGCCCCAAGACGGGGUCUCCGCAGGUCCACGCGGGUUGCGGCUAAAGCCGGAGGAGGCGCCACCUCCAACGGCGAGCUACCCGUUCUGCAGCAACAAGGCGAGGGAGAGCUGAGCGAGGUGCUGGAGAACCUCCUCCAGACCUUCGAGCAGCACGUCAACAGCUGCACUGCGAGGGCGGCGGAGGAGGCGGGCGGGGAGAGCUGCCAAGCCACGCCUCCCAAGAAUACAGAGGAGGCGCCGCCGAAAAAACGGAGGAGAGGUAAAAAAACCGAUUACCCGUUCUCGCUGGAGAGAAAGACGCCACGGAAGCCGGCGGCAUCGAGUGUCGCGAUGGCGGCAGAUGCCGCUGCCGCCGCCCGAAGGGACGAGCAGCUGCGGCAGAUGCCCGUGGUGAAACUGGAGAGGAGCGGCCCGCUGCCGGACCGGGUGGCGCUGCCCAAACGCAGCUGUCCAGAAGUCAAGAGUCGUACUAAAGCAAAGGCCGGUUCCCCGUCAGUGAAAUACGGGCGACAGUCCUUGGUCAUGGAACCGUACCCGAUCAGGAGCAGGUUAGCAGGGGCACAUGUCGCGGAGCCAUGUCGGAUUAGCCGGGGGCCCCCGGAGGCUAAACCACACUGCUGUCCAGACAACGGCAAUAAAGAACCGCGGCUCGGGCAAGCCGAGGACGGUUCGACGCGCGAGCAGACGGAGACGCCGGAUGUGGACGGAGUCCCCGAGGACGACCGCUGCCGCGGCGGAAAGGCGCCGACUCUGUCCCAUUUGGUCAAAGAGGCGCCUUCCGUUUCCCCGCGUGUGCGUUCAGCGCAGGAGGAGAGCGUGCGGCCGGCGGGGGGCUGGGAAGAGGACGAGGACAUCGACGUGAUCGGCACUUCUGUUCCCAUCCCCGAGCCGGUGCUCAUCAGCUGGUCGUCGGGAGGCGAAGAGGAGGACGGAGACGAGGACAUCGAAGUCGUCUGAGCGCCGUGCGAGGCCUCCGCUAAAGAGCGCGUUAGCAGAGCGCGUUGCCCGAGGUGCUUCCACUGUUCUUUUUUACUCCUUUUUAUGCAGUAAAGAAAAAGAAGAAACCCUCACGGCCGUGGGUUAAAGGUCAGGUUCAGUGUUUGAUGGAGACAAUGUUAUUUCAGCGUGAAUGUGUUCUGUGUUUUACCACUGAGGGGAAAGAAGAGCUGGGAGCAACUUGUUAGCUAUUAGUUUACAUUGUUUAGAGACCGAAGGGUAAGAUGUGCAUUAUGAUGCAUAGUUGCAACGAGCCUUUAAUCCGCACCGAGCCAACGGAGCUGUAGUUUAAGUGGGUUUAAGCUCUUGAGUUAAAUUUACUUUCACAGAUUGAUUUUUUUUUCUGUAUUUAGAUAUUUAGCCGUUUAUUUCAUGUGAACAGUUUUAAAGUUGUUACUGCUAAAUCCAGUAUUUUGCAAUUGUUGGGCAGAUAUUUUCUGCAAUGUUUGUUUUAACAGUCGAGUGUUGAGAACAACACUAACCACACAGUUGAUAAAUCCCGUUAAGUAUUUUACUAGUUUUAGUUGUAAAUAUCAUGAUUCUGUUGGGCCGCAGCUCGUACGUGUUUUUACUUUUGAGUCUCGGAUUCCUCAUUAAAGAAACCUCCUACUUCUGUA